GGCGAAAGUAGGGGGCAGGAUGGGGCGGACGGUGGUGGAGCUCUUUUACGAUGUAGUGUCCCCUUACUCCUGGCUGGGAUUUGAGGUGCUCUGCCGGUACCAGCAUGUCUGGAACAUUGACCUGCGCCUUCGCCCAGCUUUCCUUGGUGGCAUAAUGCAAGCAACAGGUAACAAACCCCCAGCAAUGUUGCCAAAGCGUGGAGAAUACAUGCUGAAGGAUAUCAAAAGGAUGGCAAAGUACUACGAAGUGCCUCUACGGACAUCAAAAAAUGACUUGCAACGUAUCAUUAGUAUAAGCAGUCUUGGGGCCAUGCGAUUUAUCACAGCCGUGGGCAUGACACAGCCACAAUACUUGGAGCCACUCUCUAGGGAGUUCUGGAUAAGUUUUUGGUCACAGCACGAAGAUAUCAGUCAGAUAGAGACUAUGCAGGCUAUUGCCAGGCAGGCUGGGCUGUCACCAGAGCUUGCCCAGAAGGCACUUGAAAUGAUUUCAUCCCCUGCAGUGAAGAACCAACUGAAAGAGACAACAGAGGAAGCAAUAAAAUACGGGGCAUUUGGGAUGCCUGCUGUUGUGACACAUGUUAAUGGGGAACCUCAACUCUUUUUUGGCUCUGACCGUCUAGAACUGCUGGGCAGCAUCAUAGGUGAAAAAUGGAUGGGACCAGUUCCAUCAGUUCCAAGCCCUAAGAUGUGAAAAGUCCUGGGGAAACACAUAAGAAUGAAGUAUAAGUACAUGGCCAAUCUGGAGUGAUUAUCUGAAUAUAGUCAAUGUGAUGGGCAGGUGGCUUUCUCCUCCUUAAACAGCUAACAUUACAGCUCAGUCUCACCUCCAGUCAGGAAGUUCAGUGGUUGCCUGUAUUCCUAGUCUGGUGAGGUCUUUUACCAAUACAAAUGUGCUGCUUUUCUUUCACCAGAUCAAUGAUUAACAUUAAAA